UGUGCUCCCUUGAGAUCACAAAAACGUGUUCAUACAGGAGAGAAGCCAUAUCACUGUGAUAUUUGUGGUAGGUCAUUCUCUCAAAUGAGUAACUUGACUACACACACAUACACACAUACAGGAGAGAAGCCAUUUCAUUGUGAUAUCUGUGAUAAAUCGUUCGCUAGCAAUAGUGUAUUGACUAAUCACAAAUGCAGUCAUACUGGGGAAAAUCCAUAUCAGUGUAAUAUCUGCGGUAAAUCAUUUUCCAGAACUGACACUGUCACUCGUCACAAACGUAUUCAUACUGGGGAAAAACCGUAUAAUUGUGAUAUCUGUGGUAAAUCAUUUUCUCAAGGUGGUGACGUGCUUAAACACAAACGUACUCAUACAGGUGAGAAGCCCUAUCAUUGUACUAUCUGUGGUAGAUCAUUUUCUGGAAGUAGUGACUUGAUUAAUCACAAACGUAUUCAUACAGGAGAGAAACCAUAUCAUUGUAAUAUCUGUGGUAAAUCAUUUUCUGAAAGUAGCACUUUAACUAGGCAUAAACGUAUUCAUAAGGGAGAGAAGCCAUAUUUUUGUAAUAUCUGUUAUAAAGCAUUCUCUACAAAUAGCCAUUUGAUUAGUCACAAACGUAUUCAUACAGGAGAGAAGCCAUAUCAUUGUUAUAUUUGUGGUAAAUCAUUCUCCCAAAGUGGGGUCUUGUCUAAACACAAACGUACCCAUACAGGGAAGAAACCACAUGAUUGUGAUAUCUGGUGAAUCAUUCUCUAGCAAUAGUAACAAGCAUAUUCAUACUGGGGAAAAAAACCAUAUCAAUGUCAUAUCUGUGGUAAACCAUUCUCUGCAAAUGGCCUCUUAAGUACUCGUGAGUAUUCAUACACAAGUGUAACUGUAUCAGUAUUAAAAUUUAUUACAA